AUGAGCUACUACGGCAGCUACUACGGAGGCCGCGGCUACGGCUGGGGCGGCUUCGGCGGCCUGGGCUGUGGCUAUGGCUUUGGCACAAAAGCCUUUAGCUCCUCAGGAUUAUGGAAACACACUCCCCCUGACACCAUGAGCUACUACGGCAGCUACUACGGAGGCCGCGGCUACGGCUGGGGCGGCUUCGGCGGCCUGGGCUGUGGCUAUGGCUCCGGCUGGGGCUGGGGCGGCCUUGGGGGCCUGGGCUGUGGCUAUGGCUACAGAGGCUAUGGCUGUGGCUGCUGGCGCCCGUCCUGCUGCGGGGGAUACGGAUACUCUGGCUUCUACUGA